AACACUGUCAAAAUGCAAAUUACAGGCCUGUGAUAUCGUAAUACCGUGAAUUAUGUCCACUUUUAUGGAAGUGGAAAAUAUAGUUUUGAAGAACUUAAUGAGUGGAAUAGUCUUCUUUCAGUUCCGCAUCUUUUCCUGUCCAUAGUAACAUGUUUGGUCCUCUUUAUUCCUUGAGAUGGUUACAAAGGAUUAGCUGUUUGGGUACAGAGACAUCGCUGCUUAAUUGUUACAUAUCCCUGGGAGAGGUAUCAUACUACGAUUCUACGAUGGCAGGUGUAAUAUGUACAGACAAAGAUAAAAUACAACUUCGAACAGCUUCAAAUACAUCUGCAGGUAGGGUUGAAAUUCUCUUGGAUGACAAAUGGGGUGGAAUUGAUAAAAACGCCUGGACGGAAAAGACGGCUUCUAUGUUUUGCAAGGAAUUACAGAAACCCUAUUCUAGGGCGAUACCAGUUCUUAACGACGUCUUUGGAUUCAGCGAAUGGGAGUGGUUCGUACGUGUCAGUUGUUCCGGAACAGAAAGCAGUUUCAUUGAUUGUGCAAACCAGAUAUCAGGAAAAUAUAACUCUGGAUCUGCAGGUGUAGUUUGUACUGAUGACACAGAUUUUAGAGUACGCCUGCACAAUGCUAGCAUAGCAGGACGAGUGGAGGUAUAUCUUGAUAGUGAAUGGGGAGGAAUUGACGCAAGCACAUGGACACAUUCUAAAGCUAAUAUUGUGUGCAAACAGAUUGGAUUAAAGGGUAAAAAAGGUUUGGCUGUAAUCAACAAUCUUUAUGGAAUAUCACCGACCUUAACAUGGUUAAAAAUAAAGGAUCCGUGUUCUUCAGAGAUGCAGAUUUUAAGCUGUCAAGUUGAAGUCUUAGCAGAAAGAAUUUUCAAGAGAAAAGAAGCCGGUGUUAUUUGUGCAGAUAUUGAAAAUGUGCUAGAAGUAAACAAUGGAAGCUGGUAUGGAACUUUACGUAUUUUUCUGGGUAAUGAAUGGGGAACUUUAGAUGCAGAUAGUUGGGGAGAAGAAGAGGCAGCUGUGGUCUGUCGGCAGCUCGGUUUUUAUUCACGGAAAGCUUUGGCUGUUCAAUCAGAAUAUUUUGGACGCUUGGAUAAUCGAGUUUGGAUGAAGGACUUAAAAUGUUCAGGAAACGAGCUUAAUAUAUUAGAUUGUCAUUUAUCCAUAGAUGGGAUGUUGGAUAGUUUAGUGAAAGAUGCUGGACUUAUUUGCCAAGAAAGGGACAAAUUUACGAUGAGACUUGUUGGAAAUAGCACUGCACAGGGUGUCGUUGAAGUCUUCUUGGCGGAGCGAUGGGGAACAAUAGAUCCAGCUCACUGGGAUAACAAGGCAGCAAAGUCGGUGUGCAGAUACUUACAAAAACCGAGUCGCUUUGGAUUUGCUAUUAAUACAGGGAUAUUUCACCAAGGAAGUUCUGAUCAGCUGCUUUCUAGAGCGAUUUGUAAUGGCACCGAAGAAACUCUGUUUGACUGCAAAUUGAUUGUAUCUGGUAUAAGAAACCCUCCGCAAGCUGCUGCUGUCAUUUGUGCGGACUCUCCAAAGGUAGCCCUUGUUGGAGGAAACAGUACAAAGACUGGUUUAAUAGAGUUAACUAUAGAGGGAGAAAAAGGGUACAUUCCUCCAGUAGGUCAAAACGAAGCCAAGGUUAUUUGUCGACAACUUGGAUUUACAACAAAUAUAGCUUACUAUGAGGGAUCCACAUCAUUUCCUUCUAUGUAUGCUCGUCGCUGGGCUUUCUCGGUUUCCUGUACCGGUACAGAAGGGAGUAUUUUUGAUUGUACAAUGACCAUCGAUGGAACAUUCAAAACGGAACAGUUUGCUUAUCUGUCAUGUGAAGAUUCCUUUACACUCAAUGUUGAAGAUGGUUUUGCUAAACAUCAAGGGACACUUCGUCUAUCACUUGGAAAUUUACACGGUUAUAUUUCUUCGGAGAACUAUGCCCAGUGGGGAAUACAGGAAGCAAAAGUUGCUUGUCGACAACUUGGAUUUCCUAUUGACAAAGUGUUUACCUUCAACUACUUUGGGCGCAAAUUUGGUAGGCGGAUGAUGAGUUUUCUUUCAUGUAGCGGAAAUGAAAAGGGGAUUGAACAGUGUACAAAAACAUUUGAAAAGGGAAAAAUAAUAACAACCGACUUUCAUGGACUAAUUUGUACAGGGUAUAUAGACUAG